AUGUCCAGCACCAAGAGAGAAUACGCCAACAACAUGAAACAUGACUACGACGAUCUCUUUUACGUUCGCAAGUACCUGGAACCCGCCAAGUUCAAGAAGUUGGCCUUGGGAAACUGGGAGAUGCCUGAAAAUGCCACCAAAGUGGUGACUUUGCAGGAACUGAUAGAAGCAGGUGUCCAAUACGGACACAAGUCCAAUAUGUGGAACCCUAAGAUGUUGAAGUAUCUGUAUGCUGACAAUGGCGGCACCCACAUCUUCGACUUAGUUCAGACCGCUGCCAACUUGAACCGUGCCUGCUACUACUGCAUGGAGGCAGCUGCCAAGGGAGCAACUUUUAUGAUGAUUGGCACCAAGGAGCAAGCACGUGAGCAGGUGGCGAAAUACGCUCAAGAAGCAGACUGUCACUACUGCGACCUUCGGUUUGUGGGAGGUGUGAUUAGCAACUUCCCGGUGAUUCGCAAAGCGGUGGAGCUCAUGGAGACCCUUCGGGAAGAGAAGAGACAAAACGCCUGGAGCGUUCUCAGUGAGUUCAAGCGGUUCCUGAAUGAGUGCAAGCUGAACCGCUUGGAGAAGAAGUACAAUGGCAUUGUCAACAUGACCUCCUAUCCUGACAUCUGCAUUUUUGUGGAUGAGGCCAAGGAGCGGCUGCCGAUCUCCGAGAUGACCCGCAUCGGCGUGCCGUGCGUGGGUAUGGUGGAUUCCAACAACGAUCCAACCUUCAUCGACAUUCCAAUUCCCUCCAACACCUCCAACACCAGGUCGAUUGAACUCAUCCUGCGAAAGCUCUCUGAGGCCAUCAAGAAGGGCAAGAUGAUGAAGACAACGCCAAGUGCUGAGGACAAUGUGAAGGAAUGGGAUCCAUGGAUCUUGAGCCGAGACCGUAUCCGCUACCUGCGUCGUCGUUCCAAGCGUCAGGGCUGGCAGAAGGUCUUCGCCAAAGAUGCAGUGAUCUUUGUGCGUGACGACCACUCCUCCACAGAAGAACAGCUGAAGCUGGCUCGUGAUUUGCACAAGGCAGCUGGGGGGACACUUUGGCUGGAGUUUGUGUCUGAGGAUGUGCUGCAGAAAGUACGUGAUGGCUUGAAUUCCAACGCUGCAGAUGAUGCAGACAUUUUGGAGGAAGCGCGAAGUUCCAUCAGUUCCAAUGGCUGGUCCCCUGAGUUCAACAAAUCUCUGGUGGGCUUAAUUGGUAUUGCCUGGAAACAUCACAUCACCAUUCACGCGCUCGACGAUGUGCAGUGGUCCCGCGAUGCCUUCACUGCGCGCUACGGCCCCUACCGGGGCGGGCUGCGCUACUUGACCAACCGCGCGGAUCAGUUGGAUAACGGAGAAGGACCAAUCGUGAUCUUGGCAGGGGCCGAGCAUGGCCCAGCCUUGAUGAAAUUCAUGAAGGCUCGAAUCAACGUGGACGUGAGGUACAUGUACGAUGAUUUUCAAGCCAUCAAGAGACAUGCUGCCAACAAGGUCUCCGAGACACUUGACUCAUUGAGACUCAGCAAAGAUUUGGAAGCGGAUGAAGAAACUGAGAACUUGCUACAGAGGCUGCAAAGGAGCCUUGAGAGCCUGCUUUGA